AUGAAAAACGAGGAGUACUCAGACAGCCCCGUCGCCGACGAGUCGCAGGGCGGCUCGCACAUCGUCGAUGGCGUAAUCUCGCUCGACCGAGCGUCACAACUCCAACGAGGUCUCAAGAGUCGACACAUUCAGUUCUUGGCACUGGGUGGCGCCAUCGGUACCGGUCUGUUCGUUGGAUCUGGCGCGAUUCUGGCCCUCGUCGGCCCCGUACCAUUAUGGCUGGGCUAUCUCUCCAUGAUGCUUGUUGUCUGGAUCGUCAUGAACGGCAUUGCCGAGAUGACGACGUACCUCCCAAUGAAGGGCAUCACAUUACCAUACUUCACAAACCGUUUUGUCGACAGCAGCCUGGCAUUCGCAUCGGGGUGGAAUUACUGGUAUGCGUAUGCGAUUCUGGUGGCGGCCGAGGCCACAGCUGGUGCCAUAUUGCUCGACUACUGGGAGUCCCCGGUUCCGUCGGCCGUCUGGAUCACCAUCAUCCUGGUCGUCUGCCUCGCCCUCAACAUCAUCGCCGUCGAGGUGUUUGGCGAAGCUGAGUUUUGGUUUGCCAGCAUCAAGCUGAUCACCAUCAUUGGGCUGGUCAUCAUGGGCAUCGUCAUCAUGGCUGGUGGCGCACCGCAGGGUGGUGCCAUUGGCUUCAAGUACUGGGACGACCCCGGGGCGUUCAAGGAGUACGUCGGGACGGGCGCGACGGGACGUUUCACCGCCUACUGGACUGCUUUCGUCCGCGCCGGAUUCAGCUUCAUCACCUCCCCUGAACUCAUUGGUCUCGCAGCGGGCGAGACAGUUGCACCCCGCCGCAACAUCCCGAAGGCCGCCCGACGUUUCCUCGCUCGUCUUGCCCUCUUCUACGGCGUCAGCAGCUUGAUCAUUGGCGCCAUCGUGCCCUCCGACGACCCGCGCCUGCUCUCGCCGGAAUCCAAUGCCAAUGCCAGCCCCUGGGUUAUCGGCAUCCAGCGUGCGGGCAUCGGCGGCCUGAACCACGUCAUCAACGCGGCAAUCUUGACGUCGGCUUGGUCGGCCGGCAACGCCUUUCUGUAUUCCGGCUCCCGUAUCCUCUACUCGAUGGCCGCCACUGGUCAGGCCCCAGCCAUUUUCGCCAAGACGACACGCCGCGGCGUUCCCUACCUUGCCGUCAUUGCGACUUGGGCCGUCGGCCUCUUGGCGUACCUCAACGUCUCGGAGAACGGAGCGCGCGUGUUUGGCUGGUUCAUGAACAUCUCGACCAUCUCCGGCUUCAUCGCGUGGAUUGUCGUCAUGAUCACGUAUCUACGCUUCCGGUCGGCCAUGCAGUACCAGGGCUUGAUGGACACGCUGCCGUUCAGGACGAUCGGCCAACCAUACGCGACGUGGGCGGCGCUGGUAGUCAUCAUCUUGUUGACCCUCACCAAUGGCUUCCAGGUGUUUGUGCCCAGCCGGUGGAACUACCAGGACUUCUUGGCCGCGUACAUCACCAUCCCCAUCUUCUUCGUGCUGUACGUUGGGCACAAGCUCUGGUUCCGGACGCCGCUGGCGAGGAAGACCCACGAGAUCGAUGUUCUGACGGGCAAGAAGGAGAUGGACGAGUUCUGUGCCCACGACUACCCGCCGGUGCCAAAGAACUUUGUCCAGAGGAUUUGGUUCUGGCUUGCAUAG